AUGGCCAUUGGAGACGAGCAUAGCCCAGCUUGGCAAGCGUUUCAGUCCCGAACGUCCGAGGCCCGCACUUCGCAGGAUCCUUCACCUGCCGCCCCCACCUUCUCGGACCAGCAUGGGGACGAUGACCAGGCUGCCGAUGGGGACCAAUCACCACCUCAGGCCCGGACGUCCGAGGUCAGCCCUGGCCUAAACGGUGUCGAGCGGAGGAGAGGGGUCAAGCGCAAGAGCACAGAUGAUGACGGCGCAGCGCAGGCGGGCGGGAGCUCUGGCAGCGACGCGAACUCCGACGAAAGAGGUGAGGACGUCCAGCUCUCGGACAAUGGGUCGGUCCGGUCCGAGGAGGUCGAGUCGGCCGGCUCGCUCCGGGAGUUCCUCGAUGACGGGAGCGUGCGGGGCGGAGAAGGGGCCAUCGGCCACGCAGCAGCCGACAGGGCUCAUGCCGAAGAGGAGUCGGAUGCCCAGAUGGGGCUGCUCGCGAAGCACCUGUCGUGCCUCAGGACGCCCUCCGAGAGCGCUGCAGGAGAACCCACCGAGGCCACCUCGCGCGAUCAGGUUGCAGCGGAGGGCCACCCGUCUCAGGUCGUCCCCGACGCGACCGAUCAAGGCACGCACUGGUUCGCUAGGCCCUGUGAGGCAACGGGGGCUGGCCCUCAGGGGCGGGCCUUUGCGUACAUGCUGGCGCAAGGCCAUCAGAUCCUGGCAGCCGGCGACGUCCGGGAUGACACUGCCACCAAGAGGUACACCACCUUCGCCGACGUGGACACGCUGCAGGAGUACGACGAGCACCUGGCGGAGUACGCGGUCGAGCGGACAAUGUACGAGGUGCUGCACCCGGAUCUGCCCACCCGCCUUUACUUCGACAUAGAGUACUCGGUUGCGGAGCGGGACGACGAAGGCUUCGCAGAGCGCCUCUCUCGAUUCGCCGAACUCCGGGCGGCCUUUCUCACGCAGGUCCUGGGCAUAUCGGCCCUCCGCCUGUCCUUCCAGACCAGCACGGCGCACGGAGCGUCCAAGGGUGGGUACAAGCACAGCGCACACGAGGUGCUGGAAGGGUUCUACUUGGAGAAUCACGAGGAGCGCACGCUCUUCAAGGAGUCCUUUGAGGCCUUCCUCCGGAAUCCUCCCUCUUGCGAGCUCGCAGAGAGCGUCCUGUUCCUAGACUACGAGCGCAAUGGAAAGAGCGAGCGGAUAUGGGACAGCGGGGUUUACACCAAGUUCCGCUGCUUCCGCAUGCUCGGUUCUUGCAAGAAGGGUUCUGGCAGGCCGCUCGUCCCUGCCGAAGGAAGCUCUCCCAAGCUGUGCGAUCACCUGGUCGGCGUGUACGACAUGCGCCGGAGUAGCGCGCUUCAGAAGAUCGACCUGGGGGCUGCCCGUGCGUACGUGGCGGCCAAGGCUCAGCCUUUCGUCCAGAGGCACCUUGGGACCGUACGAGCUCCGACGGAGAUGGAGGGGCUACGCGAGCCGCUGAACCGAUCGGACGAUGCGGUGCUGGCUCGCAUCAAGGAGCAUUUGGCUGCUCAUGGGGACGUCACCUCUCGCUUUGACCGCAAGAAGGGGAACCUGUUCGUGUUCCGGGUGGACGGAGAGCGCACGUGCCCGUACGGGGCUCGUCAUCGUGGUUCUAACAACUUCGCGGUGCUGCUCACGGGCACCCGGCUGGAGUACGUGUGCAACUCGUCGGAGUGCAGCGCGCGCCGCCCGCGGGCUGUGAUCGGAGAGCUCACUAUCCGCGACCGGAUGGUCGGCGCCACUGUGGAAGCUGUGCAUCCGACUCACGACAAGAGCGUGUACGAGAAGCUUGAGAAGAGCUUAGUCGACUACUGGGCGUUCCAGGGGGACAGAGGCGGUAGCCGGAUCUUUACGCACAUGCUAGUGCACUCAGACCAAGGCUGGUACAUGUGGGAUGGGAGAGUGUUUAGACUCGUGUCUGAGAGCCGAGUGCGCCUGGUGGUUAUGGAGCAGCUGUCCACCGUAUACGGCCGGCUGCAUGCGCAGAUCGAGGAGGAGAUGGCUCGGACGAGUGACAAGGAAAUCAUAACGCGUCUCAAACGCAAGCAGAAGAUGCUCAGGAAUUACAACUACUCUAAAGACGUAGAGAGUACGAUGAAAGUGCUGACAGGCGAGAUGCACGUGGACGGCUUUGCGCGCGAGCUCAACAGGGAUCCGGACAUUCUCAACACACAAAACGGCGUGGUCGAUCUGCGCACUGGGGAGCUGGACAUCCACCGCCCCCAGUACAUGUGCUCUGAGAUUAUCACUACAGCGUACAAGGGUCUUGACUACCCAGCACCCAGCGUGGAGAGCUUCUUCAACGACAUCUUUAACGGAGACAGGGACGUCAUCGACUACAUCCAACGGCUGCUUGGGUAUGGCAUCACCGGCUCAGCACGAGAGGAGAAGCUGUGCUUCUUUGUCGGAAAAGGAGGCAACGGCAAGGGCGUGGUCAAGGAGAUGCUGGAGAAGCUGCUGGGGCCGUACUUUGGCAUCAUGCCAAAUGACGUUAUAGUGACGUCUGCCGGUCAACGGCCUGCUUCGAAGGGUGCUGCCACUCCUCACCUGUCAGCUUUGAAGGACAAGCGCAUCACCAUCACGGACGAAACAGACGAGAGGCAGGAGAUUGACAAAGGUUCGGCAAAAUCGGUCACAGGGGUGGCACAAUCUCUAGCCGCGUGCCUUACGGCGAAAAUGACGGAGAGGGGAUCAUUGGAGCAGUUUCUUUCGUUCUUGGUCAGGGGGGCUGUGGACUGGUACGCUCGCGGCGGCCUUGGGGAAACCCCCAAUGCGAUGCAGGCGAGUCUGAAUCAGUACCUGGCGAGCAAUGACAAGCUCCAGAAGUUUAUCGAGGACCACUGCACGAUCGGAGAGGACUUGAGGGCUCCUAUGAUGGCCUUCUUGAAGGAUUACAAGGACGCUACGUCCGACCGCGACAUAACGGCUGAAGUUUUGACGAAGCAGAUGACUGACAAGGGGUACAGGAAGAAGAAGAGGGAGACUGAGGAUGAAUACGGGAAGAGGCCGCAGGUGUACGUGGGCAUUCAGAGUGACUAUACGCGUUAG